AAGGAAGGAAGGAAGGAAGAAAGGAAGACAGGAAGGAAGAAGCCACGCGAGCGGAGGCGUUAUUAAAGUUCAUCCUCCCUUCUAGCCGCCGCCGUUCCCCUUUCUCUCGAUCCGGGCGCGUGUUACGCCCGCGUUUACGUAUCCCCGGGUCGAAAACUAUGAGGCACGAUGAACGGGCCAAGAAUCGUUGGCCUACCGUGCGAGAAAAUGCUGGACCACUGCCAGGAGCCGCGUCACGGUUGGACUGUGCUGCUGCUGGUGUAUUUGGGCAUCUGCGCCUCCCUGCCUGCCACGAUUUUCUCCGCGCCAGUGCAGGUCCGCGAGAUAUCGAAGCAGCGUCGCCCGAACGACGCCGACAAUGACUCGAACGCCAACGAAUUGCCCGUGUUCGAGCCGACCGCUUCGAACGUCAGCGCGUUCGUCGGCCAGACAGCGUAUCUGCCCUGCCGAGUGCGGAAUCUGGGAGACAAAGUGGUAAGCCUACUGUCGCGUCGCUAA